GUAGCAACAUUUUAAGUAAAGGACAAAUUUAGCCUAUAAACAUUAUAUUAUACAUCAAUGUCAUUUUAUUAUAUUCUACCCUUUUUCAUUUCCACCCUUUUUCUCUCCUUAUAUAGAGUGAACACCAACUCCCUCCAAUUCAUAUCAAAUAUACAACUUCUAUCCAUUUCAUAUCAUUUGAAGUCUCGAGACCUGGUAUUUAAGACCUGGGGAUCAAAUCUCGUUUACAUCAUUUGUCUUUGUAGCUCUAUCCACUACGCCAAAAAAUUAGACCAAAGAUGGAUAUUGCGGCUUCAGAAUGGAGUAAUGAGUGUGAAUCAGGGUGGACCGUCUACUUAGAAGAGUCAUACAUACCAAGAACAAAUAACAUUGGUGAUUACCAUCAAAGUUAUAGAUUAAAUUCGACUCACAACGAUGAUGAUGGUGUAGAGGACUUAUCUAUGGUGUCUGAUGCAUCCUCUGGUCCUCCUCAUUUUCUUCAUCAAGAAGUUGAUCAACAAUCGUACAGUCGAAAAUCGUCGAAAAAAAGUGAUAAGAGAUCAAAGAAGUCAAGCAAAGAGCAUAAGAAAGUUGCAAGUAAACAACAACAUCAUCUUGAUGACACUGCUAGUUCUCCUGGCAUUACACAUUCUAAGAUAUAUGAUAAUUCCUCUACUAUGGACUUCUCAGAAAAUUUAUCAGCAACCCACUAUCAGGGAAAUUCUUCAUACAAUAAUCACCAUGGUUCUUUUUGGCAGUCUUCUAAUGUAAGAGAUGAUACAGAUAAUUAUACACAACCUGGUCAGUUAAGAAGAAGGUGGGAAUGAGAGAAUGAAAAAGCCAAUGAUGAGCAACAAAGUUAAUUAAUUAAAUUAAUUAAUCAAUUCCCUCAAAAAUGUAACUAAUUAAUUUUUCCUACUCUCUCAAAGAGGGAGAGAUUAAGAAAUGUUGUAGAUGCUGAAAGAAACAGGUGUUAUUAAAGAUCGUAGUAGAUAUUGAUUCUGUCUUCUUCACUUUUUUUA